GACGAUGUGCCCUCGCUCCAUGUGCAGAUCGCGACGCCCGAGCCCAGCCAGUUCGCCACAAACGGCAACGGCUACAACUACUCUGGCUUCGACGACGACAUGGACGACAUGGAAGACGUCGGCGGUGAGUCACGGUGUCGGUGCGCCGCCGGGCCGCACGCCGCCGGCACAGGGGCGAUCGAUGGACGCUUGAGACACUGGACCCGCUAACCGCAGAGUCGUGGCGCUUUAUGAGCCGCUUUUACGGCCUCGUGCCGCUCAUUACGCUCGCCUUCUUCGCCGGCCUCAUCGCCCUCGUCACCUGGGGAUGGCCUCCCAGCGACGACGAGAAGGACGAGGGCCAGGCGUAUCCGCACCCCUUCUUCUGGAAGGCGUUCCUGGUGGGCACGUUCGCGAGCAUGGCCGUCCAGUCCCUCCGUGUGCCCAUGUUUAUUCUCGUCUCCUGGCUCCCUCUCAGCGGCACCGGCGCCGUCUUCGUCAGCACAGUCGCGCACGUUAUCGUGCACGAGGCGUGCCGCCUCGUAUCGGUGCCCCUCACUGUGCCCUCCAUUACCUCGGGCUUCCACUCGAGCUACUGGCUCGGGCUCGGGUGGGGCGUCGCCGAGGCCGCGUGGGGCAUCGUGCAGGGCUACGAGCAGCUGAAUCUCUACGAGGACCUCAGCGAUCCCUGGGCGAUCGAGGACCUCGCCUGUCAGGAGUGUAACGACGAAGGCCUGUGUCCCGUCCCCGAAGACAUGGAUCCGGAGGACGAAGCCGGCGCAAACGAUGACCUCGCGGAGCUCGAGCACCGUGUCGAGAUCCUCGAGCGUAUGCGCGCGCGAGCCGAACUGGAGGACGUCAUGGGCCUUCCCUUCCCGCUCAUCCCCUUUGCGCUGCAUGUCCUGUGGCGCAUCGACACGCUCAUCCUCAACCUCGGCCUCACGCUGAUUCUUUCGGGCUUCUACUUUGACCCCGAGCCGAUCUACAAGCACGAGGGCAUCGUGACCGCCAGAGACUGGCCGCCCAUUGCGCCAAAGCCCACGCCGAGCCGCUGGCUCCCGCUCGCCUGGGUCGCUGUCACGCUCGUGCACAUCACGCUCAGCCUAGUAUGGAAGGUCGUCGGCCGCGUCGGCGUCGGUGCCGUGACCUGGGGUGGCCUCAUUGUUGCGCUCGGCAGCGUGUUCGCUGGCUUAGGCGUGUGGGGUGGCGUCGUAUAAGUUGUCUAUAGAUUGCAUGUGAUCCGGUUUACACGUCUC